UUUAACAAGGAAAAAGGCAUUCUUUUUUGUACUGUAUUGACUUCUUUCUUAGGACUGACUGCUGAUGCUAGAGUAGUAAUAAACAGAGCCCGUGUGGAAUGCCAGAGUCAUAAGCUUACAGUUGAGGACCCAGUCACUGUAGAAUACAUAACUCGCUUCAUAGCAACCUUAAAGCAGAAAUAUACUCAGAGCAAUGGACGAAGACCUUUUGGUAUUUCUGCCUUAAUUGUAGGCUUUGAUGAUGAUGGUAUCCCAAGAUUAUAUCAGACCGACCCCUCUGGUACUUACCAUGCUUGGAAGGCAAAUGCAAUAGGCCGAAGUGCUAAAACUGUUCGAGAAUUUCUAGAAAAGAAUUACACAGAAGAUGCUAUAGCAAAUGACAGUGAAGCUAUAAAAUUGGCAAUAAGAGCUUUGCUAGAAGUUGUCCAGUCUGGUGGAAAAAACAUUGAACUAGCUAUCAUAAGAAGAAACCAACCUUUAAAGAUGUUUAGUGCCAAAGAAAUUGAAUUGCAAGUAACUGAAAUAGAAAAAGAAAAGGAAGAAGGAGAGAAGAAAAAAUUGAAGAAGACUGCCUGAUUCUUAGGGUGAACACUGGGAACUUUUAAUGUUUUCUUGUAUUCCUUGGAAUUACUUAGUGAAGUUAUAAAGGAAAUAAGUUCAUUUGUGGCGUUAAAUUUAGUUAUAUGCUGUUUUGAGAAUGCUGUCAAAACUUGUGGCUAUCUUCAGUCUGUUAUAUGAGCAAAUAUACAUUAGACAAAGAUUCUCUAUGAAAAAAGGUAUCAGUAAUUGUUGAAAGCAGUCAUAAUUCUACAUAAACCCUGAGAGUAUUCUAAAACUUGUCCAGUGUAUUACUUUUCUUCAUAUAUGCAGACUUGAUUAAGAAAAAAUUUCAAUUUGAAAAAAUUAAUAAUUUGUUGAUGUUUGAGUAUCAGUUAUCAAUAAAGAGCUGUUC